CCCGUCCUGUCUCCAGUGGAGAAGCAUUUCCUGGUCUCUGAAAAAUAAAUAACCGACAUUGUUUUAAAUAGUGACUAAGGGUCAAAGUACUGAAAGCCUGUAGAAAAAUGAAUCUCUUUAUGGAGCUUUUGUUGCUUUUACCUAUAAUAAUUUACUCCUACAUAGAGGCUUUUGUGAAGCUUUUCAUUCCUGUGAAGAGGAAGUCUGUCAGUGGAGAGCUUGUUCUCAUUACCGGUGCUGGUCAUGGAAUUGGGAGAGUAACAGCCUAUGAAUUUGCCAAUCGACAAAGCAGAUUGGUUCUAUGGGACAUCAAUAAGCAUGGCAUUGAGGAAACAGCUGCAGAGUGCAGAAGGCUGGGGGCCACAGCUCAUGCUUUUGUGGUGGACUGCAGUAAAAAGGAGGAAAUCUACAGUGCUGCAGAGAAGGUGAAAAAAGACAUUGGAGAUGUUACCAUCUUGGUAAAUAAUGCAGGAGUGAUUACAACUGCCGAUCUGCUCUCAACUCAGGACCAUCAGAUACAAAAAAUGUUCGAGGUCAACAUUCUCGCUCAUUACUGGACUACAAAAGCAUUUCUGCCAGCAAUGCUGAACAACAACCAUGGCCAUAUUGUCACUGUUGCUUCAGCAGCUGGUCAUUUGGCAACUUCUUUCAUGGUGACUUACAGUUCAAGCAAGUUUGCUGCAGUUGGAUUUCAUAAAGCCCUAACACAAGAACUUUCUGCACUGGGAAAGGAUGGAAUAAAAACAUCAUGCCUUUGUCCUGUUUUUACAAAUACUGGAUUUGUCAAAAAUCCAAGUAUAAGAUUCAUGAAAGUUUUGGAGCCAGAGAAGGUUGCAAAUAAACUGCUAGAGGGGAUAUUGACCAACCAGAAAAUGAUUUUUGUUCCAUCAUUUCUGAAGAUGCAUCUAAUAUUGGAAAAGAUUCUUCCAGAGCAUGCCUUGGCAGCAGUGUACAAGCUGCAGAAUAUUCAAUUUGAUGCAGUUGUUGGAUACAGAAACAGGGUCAUAAGUGAUUAGGUCAUCGCCCUCCUCCUCAAACCACACAGGCUGCAGAUGGUUCAUGUUUUGAGUUCAGAUCAAUUAUUCAGUGUUUUGAUUCAUUCAGAGAAAAAAUGGAAGACCCAUCUCUUUCCAACUGCCUUCCCACAACACAGCACUUGAUAAAGUCACAGCAACACUGCUCUGAACAGCAAUGAAUUUCUGUAGGUACCUGGCUGGCUGAGUUCCUGUUACAAUGAUUAUUUUAAUGCUUCUGGCAUUUGCUAGUAUUGUGUAAUUAACUGAAUAUGUUAGGGUGCCAAGAGCUUUAGGUAGAAAUCUUUUUAUGAUUCUAAAUCUAAAUAAAUAAAUAAAAUAGACACA